CCCAGCGCUCGCGACCCCGCCGUCUCACUCCCCAGGCGGCCCCGCCGCGCCUCAGCCCCUCGGCAGCGGGCCGCAUCGGCGGGCUCUCGGGGUGACAAUACAGUUUAUAGAAGUGAAAAAGUCUUAAGGAGGGUAACAAAAAGGAAAGGAAAAUGCCGAAACCAAUCAACGUACGAGUAACUACGAUGGAUGCUGAGCUAGAAUUUGCCAUUCAGCCCAAUACAACUGGCAAACAACUUUUUGACCAGGUGGUGAAAACAGUCGGUUUGCGUGAAGUCUGGUUUUUUGGACUACAAUAUGUAGACAGCAAAGGCUAUUAUACGUGGCUUAAAUUGAAUAAAAAGGUUACACAGCAAGAUGUUAAAAAAGAGAAUCCUUUGCAGUUCAAGUUUAGAGCUAAAUUCUUUCCUGAAGAUGUUUCCGAGGAAUUAAUUCAAGAAAUAACCCAGAGACUUUUCUUCCUGCAAGUCAAAGAAGCCAUCUUAAAUGAUGAGAUAUAUUGUCCUCCAGAAACUGCAGUUCUUUUGGCUUCCUAUGCUGUCCAAGCCAAGUAUGGAGAUUACAAUAAAGAGAUGCAUAAACCAGGCUAUCUGGCUAAUGAUAGACUCCUACCACAGCGUGUUCUGGAACAACACAAACUGACAAAAGAACAGUGGGAGGAAAGAAUCCAGAACUGGCACGAAGAACACAGAGGAAUGCUAAGGGAGGAUUCAAUGAUGGAAUACUUGAAGAUUGCACAGGAUCUAGAAAUGUAUGGUGUCAACUAUUUUGAAAUAAAAAAUAAGAAGGGUACUGAAUUGUGGCUAGGUGUUGAUGCUUUGGGUCUGAAUAUUUAUGAGCAUGAUGACAAGUUAACACCUAAAAUUGGUUUUCCCUGGAGUGAAAUUCGAAAUAUUUCAUUUAAUGACAAGAAGUUUGUUAUAAAGCCAAUUGACAAGAAAGCACCUGAUUUUGUUUUUUAUGCACCUCGUCUGAGAAUCAAUAAGCGGAUUUUGGCUUUGUGUAUGGGAAACCAUGAACUCUACAUGCGAAGAAGAAAGCCUGAUACAAUUGAAGUACAACAGAUGAAGGCUCAGGCUAGGGAGGAAAAACAUCAGAAGCAGUUGGAAAGGGCACAAUUAGAGAAUGAAAAGAAGAAAAGAGAGAUAGCAGAAAAGGAAAAGGAAAGAAUAGAACGUGAAAAGGAAGAGUUAAUGGAACGUCUGAAGCAAAUUGAGGAACAGACAGUGAAAGCUCAAAAAGAACUAGAAGAACAGACUCGCAAAGCUCUUGAGCUGGAUCAGGAGCGAAAACGAGCAAAAGAAGAAGCAGAACGGCUAGAGAAGGAGCGGCGUGCGGCUGAAGAGGCCAAGUCUGCCAUAGCCAAACAAGCUGCGGACCAGAUGAAGAACCAGGAACAACUCGCAGCAGAGCUUGCUGAAUUCACUGCCAAGAUUGCACUUCUAGAAGAAGCCAAGAAGAAAAAGGAAGAAGAAGCUACUGAGUGGCAGCAUAAAGCUUUUGCAGCCCAGGAAGAUUUGGAGAAGACGAAAGAAGAAUUAAAAACUGUCAUGUCAGCCCCCCCUCCACCUCCACCUCCACCAGUCAUUCCUCCAACAGAAAAUGAGCAUGAUGAGCACGAUGAGAACAGUGCCGAGGCUAGUGCUGAGUUAUCCAACGAGGGGGUCAUGAACCAUAGAAGUGAGGAAGAGCGCGUAACAGAAACACAGAAAAAUGAACGUGUGAAGAAGCAACUGCAGGCAUUAAGUUCAGAAUUAGCCCAAGCCAGAGAUGAAACCAAGAAGACACAGAAUGAUGUUCUUCAUGCUGAGAAUGUGAAAGCAGGACGUGAUAAGUACAAGACUCUUCGGCAAAUUCGACAAGGCAAUACAAAGCAGCGUAUUGAUGAGUUUGAAGCAAUGUGGGGACCCAAACUGUAUGCGUUAUUCCAGAUGCGCUCUUGCCAAAGCAGCAUAAAACAGAUGUAACAGGAUGCAGUCCACUUCCCUGGUGAGGUCCUUUGGCGGCUGACACAUGGUGAGCUUUAGGAUAAGGACAUACCAAGACAACCCUGGGUUUCUGAAUCUGUGCAUCCUUCCCUCCCCAAGUGUGGAAUCUCGUGGGAACUGGGUAGAUCAAUCCUCCCUCAGCAAGGGCUCUUGCUGAUGGUCCUCCCCUCAUCUGUUUGCUGUUGGUUUUCCCUGUCUUGUUAUUCUCUCUUUACAAACGCUCUCCUUUCCUAGGGACAGACUUUAGGAAGAUGAAUCAGGACUUGGGACACCUGUAUUACACCCUGUAGUCCCUAGUUCCAUCCACCACACCUGUCUUCAAGACACCAUCCUCCAACCAGAUGCCUGAAGGCAUCAGUUUAUGGAAACCCACUUUUUUUUUUUUUUUUUUUUUUUGCAUGAGUAGCUUAUAAGGAGAAAUUUAUGGAGAGAAUUUUCAAGAAUUUUCCACUUUUUAGAUAAAUGUAUGCAAUUUAUUUUUGGCUUUAAUCUGAGAGCAAACUCAGUGAUAUACAGCUCUUUCUAUAUAUACUUCUGUGGAAAAAACAAAAAUUGAUGCAACAUAUCCCCUGCUAUCUGGGCUGUUUGUAUAAUUGUAUAUAAAUGUAGCAAUAAAUAUAUUCUAACAUCAUCUUCAA